CUCGUGAGAUGCUGCAAAUCGAGCGAUCGAGUGCGUAUUACGCAAUAUCCCCGCCUGUCCCGUGCGCUAUAACCGGAUCAGCGUCUGCACUCUGCGUCUCUCCGUUCCUGCAGACCAGACAACCUGACACUCUCCACUUCGCAGAUCAAGACACUCACAUUCCGCCACAAUGGGAAAGGAGAAGCUCCACAUCAACAUUGUUGUGAUUGGCCACGUGGACUCUGGCAAGUCCACUACCACAGGACACCUUAUAUACAAAUGUGGAGGCAUUGAUAAGAGAACUAUUGAAAAAUUUGAAAAGGAAGCUGCAGAAAUGGGAAAAGGUUCAUUCAAGUAUGCCUGGGUUCUGGACAAGCUGAAAGCAGAAAGGGAACGUGGCAUCACAAUCGACAUCUCACUGUGGAAAUUUGAAACUAGUAAAUACUAUGUGACCAUCAUUGAUGCCCCAGGUCACAGGGACUUUAUCAAGAACAUGAUCACUGGUACAUCCCAGGCAGAUUGUGCAGUGUUGAUCGUGGCAGCAGGUGUGGGAGAGUUUGAAGCAGGAAUCUCUAAGAACGGCCAGACACGAGAGCAUGCGCUUCUGGCAUAUACACUGGGUGUUAAGCAGCUCAUUGUGGGCAUUAACAAAAUGGACUCUACUGAACCAAACUACAGCCAGAAACGAUAUGAAGAAAUAGUGAAGGAAGUGAGCACCUACAUCAAAAAGAUUGGCUACAAUCCAGACACAGUCGCUUUUGUUCCCAUUUCAGGUUGGAAUGGAGACAACAUGCUGGAGCCAAGCCCCAAUAUGACAUGGUUUAAGGGCUGGAAGAUCAACAGAAAGGAAGGCAGUGCAUCUGGGACCACACUUCUGGAGGCUCUGGAUGCCAUUCAGCCCCCAACACGUCCAACAGACAAACCCUUACGACUUCCUUUGCAAGAUGUUUACAAAAUAGGAGGUAUUGGAACAGUGCCAGUGGGCCGUGUGGAGACUGGCAUCUUAAAGCCGGGGAUGGUGGUGACUUUUGCCCCUGUCAAUGUGACCACAGAGGUCAAAUCCGUGGAGAUGCACCAUGAGGCACUGACUGAAGCACUUCCUGGAGACAAUGUGGGAUUUAAUGUCAAGAAUGUGUCAGUGAAAGACAUUCGCCGUGGCAACGUGGCUGGGGACAGCAAGAAUGACCCGCCCCAGGAAGCUGCAAACUUUACUGCCCAGGUGAUCAUCCUGAAUCACCCUGGUCAAAUCAGUGCUGGUUAUGCUCCAGUGCUAGACUGCCACACUGCGCACAUCGCCUGCAAGUUUGCAGAGCUAAAAGAAAAGAUUGACCGACGUUCUGGAAAGAAGCUGGAAGAUAAUCCGAAAUCUCUCAAAUCCGGAGACGCUGCCAUUGUCGAUAUGAUUCCUGGGAAGCCCAUGUGUGUUGAGAGCUUCUCUGAGUAUCCCCCACUUGGUCGCUUUGCUGUGCGUGACAUGCGUCAGACGGUGGCAGUCGGUGUGAUCAAAGGGGUGGAGAAGAAGGCUUCCACCACUGGUAAAGUCACCAAGUCCGCCCAGAAGGCCCAGAGGAACAAAUGAAUGCUGUGCUCAUCUGCCAGCACCAACAUCUGUGACAGGACAUCCACUCUCCUACAUCCAACAACUGGUCAUUUCAACCCGAUAAACAAGGACUGGCUUACCACAAUGCACCGGAAAAGCAUUCGAAGGAAAACAAUACUUGUUGAUGGAGCACUACCGACUAAAUGUAGUAAUGUUUAAACUGUACUUUACAAUGUAACGCUAGUGCUGGAGGUGUACAGGUUUGUGGCAAUAUCCUUCUGUGAAAACAAGCUCUUCAAUACUUUAUUAAUUAAUAAGUAAAUGAGUGUGGUACUUUUGUGUUGUAUUACUGCAGUGAUCAAUAGGACAUAUAAUUAAAAGUUUAAUUCUGUUUUAGAUGUGUCUGUAUAAGCUUUAAAAACAAAGAUGUGAAAAUUUGCCUUCUCUUGUGAAGUCAAGUACUUCAAUCAUUAAGCACUUUAAUUGGAAUUUUGCUGAUUUUGUAUCUUCACUUAAGUAGAACAAUGACAUGCUACUGCACCUUUCUAUUGUAUACAUUAAACAUUUCACAAAAAGUGUU